CCGAACUGAUGAAAGUUAAGUGGCGCAGGCUAAGGUCGUUACCACUCUCGUACGCAUCGUUCGCCGCGUUCAGUAGACGAUGACCACUCGGUGGCGUCGCAUCGGUUCUCCGCAAACACCUGAGACGACGCUCGCGAAACCGACAUGAGGCCGACGACGUUGGGAUCGUUGCUCUUGCUGGCCGGGUUCGCCUGCCUGGCGAACGCCUUGAACCCAGAUUCCGGACCAUGGGUGCAGGCCACGCAGGGCGAGCCCUGGCCGUUGCCGACUUUCAGGCGCAUCGGGAACGCGUACUACCAGCUCAGACCAUCCACUUUUCAGUUCAACGUAAUCACCGAGACUUGCGAUAUAGUGGUCGACGCGAUCGAAAGGUACAAAGCGAUCAUUUUGACGGAGGCACGAAUCGCGAAGAUCGUCUCGCAAGGACACUCCAGGUCUUCGCGCGACAACAGCACCAGCAGAGGAACGCUUACAGCUUUGGACAUCCGUUUGGCUGAACCCUGCGAGAAGGAUGGAAACCAUUGGCCCCAUUUGUACAUGAAGGAAUCGUACACUCUCAGCAUCAGCGAGUCGUCCACGGUGGCAAAUCUCGCGGCCGACUCGGUAUGGGGCGUCCUCCGCGGUCUCGACACCUUCUCCCAGCUCCUGUUUCCAGCCAACGACGGUCCAAACUUAAAGAUAAGGUGUCAAAGUAUCGUGGAUUGGCCGAAGUUACCUCAUCGCGGACUCCUCCUGGACACCUCCCGUCAUUAUCUACCCAUCCACGAUAUACUGCUGACCCUGGACGCGAUGUCUUAUAACAAGCUGAACGUCCUUCACUGGCACAUCGUCGACGACAACAGCUUCCCUUAUCAGAGCCCCAGGUAUCCGGAUUUGUCCAUCAGGGGGGCGUACCAUCCCACCAUGGUCUACACGCUGAACGACAUCCAGAAGAUCGUCGACUACGCCAGGCUGAGGGGCAUCCGAGUGAUGCCCGAAUUCGACACUCCUGGGCACACUAGGUCUUGGGGCUUGGCCUAUCCUGAACUAUUGACCGUUUGCUAUGAUUCGAACGGCAAGCCCACCGGAAAACUGGGACCCAUGAAUCCAACGAACCCUUAUCUGUACGAGUUCCUGCGGAAUUUGUUCUCCGAAAUCGUCCGAGCGUUCCCUGAUCAAUACGUUCAUCUGGGUGGCGACGAGGUUCCCUUCGACUGCUGGCAGAGCAAUCCGAACGUGACCGCGUACAUGCUGGCGCACAACAUGUCCAGGAAUUUUGCGCUGCUCGAAGGGGAGUAUAUCGCCAAAGUUCUUCGCAUCGCGGACUCGCUGGAGGCAAAUGCCAUCGUGUGGCAAGAGGUGUUCGACAACGGCGUGGUGAUGCCGAAGAACACCGUGGUGCACGUGUGGACCGGCGUCUGGUCGCAGGAGCUUGAGAUGGCGACCAAGGCCGGGCAUCCGGUAUUGUUAUCCGCGUGCUGGUAUCUGGACAACAUCGCGGGCGGCGGCGAUUGGAAAAAGUUCUACAAGUGCGACCCGUUAGCGUUCAACUCGACGAAGAACACGACCAACCUGAUGCUCGGCGGGGAGGCGUGCAUGUGGGGGGAGUUCGUUGACAAGAACAACGUGCACCCGAGAAUAUGGCCGCGAGCCAGCGCGGCCGCGGAGCGUCUUUGGAGCGACAGCAAGCAGGACGAGUUCAAAGCGGCGCAGAGACUCGAGGAACACGCCUGCCGCAUGAACAGACGGGGGAUACCGGCCCAGCCGCCGAACGGUUCUGGAUUUUGCGUCACGUGGUACCACAUGGGUUCAUUCAUGCGGAUGCAGCUAUUGCAAUGUUUCGAGAGAAAAGCUUCGGCUGACGGAAAUGUCAGACAAAAGACACCCACAAGACGUCCAAGCGCGAGCAGUCUAAAGGCGAGGACGAACACGAUGCAGCAGCGUGUCAGAACCGAAAAGUCAUCGUCGAAUCAAAACGUGUCCCACGCGGAGCCAAAGGAGCGACCGCAGAAUGCCGCAGACGCGUACAUACCGAAGACGAGGUUCAAUUCUCAAGACAGGGGCAAAGAUUUCGUGUCGCCCUCGCCCAGACUAAAGUACUUCCCGGCCGAGAAAAUUAAGAAGUUGGACAGUUCACCGGCGUACACGCCCGACCCAAUCGGCGCCAUAAUCAUGCAGCAGAACCCUCAGGAGUCGGGUACAUUUUACGUGCCAGGAUCGGUCGAUCAGAAUAAUGGACAAGGCGACGCGAAUGCGGCGUCGCAGCCGGCGUCACAGCCGCGGCAGCAUCAGACCGCGCACACCAUGAGCCAGCAACAGGUUGGCAGUCACCAACCAUCGCAUCAGAUGGUUCAAAUCAGCCCGAGCUCCGAUCCCACGCUGUACCAGCAGGCCCAAGCGAAUCAGGUGCAUCGACCUUGCGUGCCCCAUGGCCAGCGCGAGCCUUCCCCGCAGAAGACUCCGCAACCGUUGUACCGCACUGCGACUCCUCAACCAUUGUACCGCGCCGCGACUUCUCAGCCAGCAUCGCCUUCGUCCGUCCCGGCGCCUUUGAACCCGGAGCAGUGCAGGCUCGAGAACAACGGAACGGAAUGUCCGGACUACGAGGCGCAGCCAGUCGGCGGCCGAAACGCGGCCGUGUACAGGCAAGCGAUGAUAGCCGGCCAACAGCCACCAGCGGCGCAGUCGCAGAUGUCCACGAUGCCGAAUGCAUCGCAGUCGAACGGCAGCCAACAGUAUCAGCACCCAGCCCAGAGCCACUAUCAACUACUGGCUAGGCAACCGAGCCCUCAAAAUCCUCAGGUGUCGUAUCAACAGUUGCAGCAGACUGCGGCGCAACAGCAACAGAUGCAGCAGCGCGCGAUGGCUUAUCAGGCGCAGACGAUGAACAACAGUCCUCGGCGAAAUCUGAUGGGCGCACCGGUCAUGCGACAGGGAAUGACCUCGCCGCAGGAGGCCGCGACGAACAAGCAUCGAGCUGUGCAGAAUUAUCAAGCCCAGCAGAACUAUCAGGCUCAGCAGAAUUAUCAAGCCCAGCAGAGGAGCUACGCGAUGAAUCCUCAGAGUAGUCAGUUGAGCCCUUACACCAUCAACUUGGUCAACGAUCGGCCGCAGUUCCUUCCGCCAAGCAUGCAUCAACAGCAUCCCGCGCCGCAAUAUCAAUCGCAACCUGCCCAACCGCUUCAGAAUCCCGACCAGCAACUGCACAGAAACCCUGCAGGCUAUCACCCAGAGCAUCCUGGUCACCGACUGCAGUUCAAUCCUGCUGAGAACUCGAACCAGCAACCACCGAAUGACCAGCAAACGGGACAAGCUCCUCCUCCUCCUGCUGAAGCACCGGCAAACCCGGAUGACCGACAGAGGAAGACGAAGUUGUCGUUCACCCAGAGCAUGGUACGCGACCAAGAGAAGCUCGUGGCGACCAUGAAGCAGCAAGGAGUGCCGUUCGACAUCAUCAAAAGGCAGUUCGAGGCGCUGUUGAACGAGCAAACCAGGCAGCUCGAGUACAUCGAGGAGCUUCGUCGGCAGGACUACCUGCCGGACGUUGAAAGACCCGUGGCUGUCGCUCGCAGGCACAAACAGUCGGACGAGAAGCCGGAAUGGAUGGUCCAUCUGACGCCGCAAAGGCUGUCGUACGUCGAGGUGGAGAAGAUGUACGAGGAACAAAAGCGGAAGGAGCGGGUGGCUAGGCAGAUGGAGCAGAGCAGGCAGAACGAGGCGGCCGGUCAGAUUCAUCGGCACAUCGGUCAGCAACAGGGCCAACAGUACUAUCAGCAAGGCAGCCAGCAACAGCAAGGCGGUCGGCAACAGAUGUUCGCGCAGCCUAGGAUGAUCGGUUGGGUCCAGUCGACGCCCAACGUGCCCACGAUGAACCAUCCGCGGGGCUUCCCGAGCCACCAGCAAGAACAGCACGCGUACGCGCAGCAACAGAACCCGCAACUCCAUCUGUAUCAACAGGUCUGCCCGGCGAACAACCGUCAAAUCGAGAAAGAGGAUGAUAACAACACCCCUGAUAACCCCGCGACCCGCGAAACUGUCAGACGAACGACCGAGCCGUCCAGCCUGCUGAAGCUCCGAGUGUACAAGGACUGUAUCCGGCCGCAAGGGCGCAACAACGGGCUGCAGGACCCGCAGAUAGUGCGCAAGUAUCUGGAACAGGCGUCGGCAUCGGCGGAGGUUCAGAGGGGCCUGGAGUAUCUGGCCAGCUUAGGCCCGAAGAAGCAAGUGGCCAGGCUGAACGGGAUGCAGGAGCGCGCGGAGAUGGAGCAGCAGCUGAACGAGCGACUGACAGCGGCUUCUAAUCAGCAGCAAUCGUCGAAGAGGAUCUCCGCGAACGGCCUCGAGAACACCAGGAACCCGGACAACCCGGCCUCGCAGCGUUUGACGCAGCUGAAGAUGACGAACCAGGAGUUCCUGCGAGAGUAUCCCAGACAGAAGCAGGCCAAUCCUCGAGACUGUCAGGUUGUCCAAGCGGAAAGAGAGAACGGGACCGUCGCACCUGUCGAGCAGCAGCACCCUUGUCUGCAACAACACUCGGGGCACGCCGUUUCGACGCCGAUGAUCAUCCCUUAUAACGACAGGAACAACAACCCGGACAUCGUCAACGGUGGCUCGAUGCGGUACAGGUUCGACGGGAGCAGUUCUCAGUGCUAUCAGCAGAUGCAACAGUACUAUCAGAACGCGCGGAAUCUCGCCAAGAACAUCGGCGAGGGGGACAUGGGAUUUGCUCGAAGGAACGACGUAUCGAAGAACGCCGGCUUCGAUCGAGCAGGCGGCGACGCCACCGGAAAUAUGAACGGCCAGACGCCGGAUUGCAAAAUAUCGAUGCACAGGACGCAUCAUAGCCAGCCUGAUCUGUACGAAGCUAGAACCAUCGGCGGUGUGAGGUUCCUGGCCAGGAAACAGGACUACAUGCCAAACGCGCAACUCGUGUCACCGGAAACUCUGAUCGCGAGCAGACACCUGCAGCCCCCGAUGAUCUGCUGACGAAGACCCGGUGUU